GUGGAAAUAUGAUGAGUUUUGCUUUGAAUCCGGACGCAAAUAUUCACCUGUUUCCUGUUGCUGCUUUGGAACAAAUGUCGUUGAAAAGGAGCCACAAAAGACCCGCAUCUCUUCACGAUGCGCGUGUGCCUCAUGUGAGGAGGAGGAGGAGGAGUAGUGAGUGGUUGCGGGCUUGUCUUGGAGAAGAUGAGCCUCGAGAGAAGAGUUUCAAGGGGUCAUAUUCCCAGGGACCCUCAGGUCACUUAGAGGAGCUGUUUGUCCAGGGAGAGCUGCUAGGGAAAGGUGGCAAUGGGUGCAUCUUUGCAGGUUUCAGGAAGACUGAUGGACUGCCAGUGGCCAUAAAAUACGUCCUCAAAUCGAGAGCCAAUGUGGUGAUGGAUGCUGAUGGGCCCCUACCCCUGGAGGUGGCGCUCAUGAAAAGGGUAAAUGCUGCCCCAGCCUGCCCUUACAUAUUGCAGCUGAUCGACUGGUUUGAUCUGCCAACGGAGUACGCCCUGGUUCUGGAAAGGCCACAUCCCUGCCAGGAUCUCUCCGGCUUCUGCAAGGCGCAGGGUGGAGUCUUGUCUGAGGAACUGGCACACUACGUUCUGCUCCAGGUGGUCGUGGCUCUGUGGCACUGCCAAGACCGAGGCGUGGUGCACAGAGACAUCAAGCCCUCGAACCUGCUAAUCAAAACUGAUACACUUCAGGUGAAACUGAUAGACUUCAGCUGCGGGAAACUCCUGAAAGACUCUCCUUUCGAAGACUUUGCAGGCUCGUUGUCAUACCUGCCCCCAGAAUGGUUUCACGAUAUGAAGUACCUGGCUGGCCCAGCCACGGUUUGGUCACUGGGUGUGACGCUCUUCCAACUGGUGUGCGGCUGUUGGCCUUUCCAAAGAAGAAAGAAGACUGUCCAUGGCCGCUUCAAAUUCCCACACUGGGUGUCUGCAGACUGUAAACGUCUCAUUCGUUGGUGCUUGACCCCCAGCGUAGUGUACAGGCCAACCUUGGAGAAGAUUGCGCUCCAUCCUUGGUUCCGGGAUAUAUGCUUAUGCAUCCUGUAAACCCUGGAAACAGCUCUGCAGGAACUCAAGAGACUGGAGAGAAAGACCACUGUAAAACACAGC